CGGGUAGCUAGAGUACCGGACAUUCUAAGAGUAAAGUUGGGGCAAUUUGGAGGUUGUGAACCAUAGCAGCUAUUUUCCCGCUCGUUCAGCUUCUGUGAAAUCAAAUUCGUUUGCAUGAAGAUGUGGGAAGACAGGAGGACAACUGGGGUGAGAAAGGUGAAAUGUGGCAAUGUAAUUGAGUGGGGAUUUAAGAAACCUCACCUUUGCGAUUAAAAUGGAAAUCGAGUGAUAGAGGGGAGUUAAAUUCUGGGAAUUCUAAACCAGUGUUGUUAAUAAUAAGAUGAAUUACCAGGCAAUGAAAACGGAAGUGGCAGUCCCUGGUAAUGCAUUGGACAAGAGAAAUGGAGGUGGAAAAAUGUUCGCUUCUAAUAAUAAGAUAGGAGAUAAACAAAGAGAUGAGGUUGGGGAUCAAACGGAGAUGCAUGAAGGCAUCAACAGUUGUGGACAAGAGAAUAAUACUCGUGGAAAAGAGAAUAAUACCAGUAGAGAAGAGAAGAAGGAGACAGGAUACAAUAGGGAGAAACCACCAGAAGAUGACUGCUGUCCAAUAUGUUUUGGGGAGUUUAGAGUACCUUGCAAGGCAAACUGUGGCCACUGGUUUUGCGGCAGUUGUAUCUUGCAAUUAUGGGAAUAUCGGUCAAGACCUCAAAGAUGCAGAUGCCCCUUCUGCAGCAGUGCAAUUAGUAAGCUGGCACCUGAAGUAUCAGCAGUCCAUAAGACAGAAGAUGAAGUUGUUGUGGUCCUAAAAAACAUUGAGCAGUACAACCGCUUCUAUGUUAAAGGAAUGGAAGGCUGUUUCCUGAUACUCAACUUUUAUCUUUGGAAGCAUGGGCCCUUUUUGCAUGUGUACAUCUGGAAUCUUUUGCAAGCACUGAUCAUGGUAGUUAUUAGUGCACCAGGUUUUAUGAAGAGAGUGAUGGUUGAUCUGAUAAGACAUCCAGAGAGAAUUAGGCUCAACUUUCAGAGAGUACGCUUGGUAGCAUGUACUCUGAGUCUUCUCUUGCACUUAUAUCAUAGCAUUCUUCCACCAGGGCAUCCAAGGUUAGAAAUCACCAAGAUCAGACUAUGGAUUGAUUUUGCUUCCAUCAUUUUGGUUGUCCUUCCUUACACAACGAUGUUAUGCAAGAUGUAUAUACACAUAUGGUGGCUUAGGUUCCGAAUAUGGCGAGUGAGAAGGGAAGUGGCGGCUUUACGAGCACACAAUGCUGCUUUACGACAACAGGAAGCAGCUCUACGGGCACACGUCCAUGUUGCAAGAGCGCAGGAACAAGCACAUGGAUCUAACCUAACCCAAAUGUAUAUACACAUAUGGUGGCUUAGGUUCCGAAUAUGGCGAGUGAGAAGGGAAGUGGCGGCUUUACGAGCACACAAUGCUGCUUUACGACAACAGGAAGCAGCUCUACGGGCACACGUCCAUGUUGCAAGAGCGCAGGAACAAGCAUUAGAAGAAAAUGCUGUCUUGCUCCAAAAUAAUGAUGCACUUCUGGUAGCAGUUGAUGUCGCUCGACAAGAACAGGCUGAGGGUGGUGUAGCCGAGCCAGAGGCUUCAUCAAAAGCAGAAAAGGUAGUGGCUUCACAACCAGAAACCGAUCUCAACUUAAAAGUGCUAGCUGAAGCAGCAUUACAAGGACAAGAUACAGAUGAUCGACAUGUUGAGGGUACUGCUGCUUUAGAAGAACAAACUACCAUUGCUUCAUGA